GAGGGACCUGGCGGCGGCGGCGGGGACGGCCCGCAGCGGCGCGGCGACCCGGAGCCCCGGGAGCGGGAGCGCGAGCGGCGCGCGCGGCCCCGGCCGGCGCUCUCCCGGCCUCGCGCUGCACAUUCUCUCCUGGCGGCGGCGCCACCUGCAGUAGCGUUCGCCCGAACAUGGCGACACGGAGCAGCAGGAGGGAGUCGCGACUCCCUUUCCUCUUCACCCUGCUGGCGCUGCUGCCGCCCCGGGCUCUCUGCGCGGACUGGACUCCGAGGCUGCACGGCGGCCGCGCGCCUCUGCCCCAGGACCGGGGCGUCCUCGUGGUGCAGGGCGACCCGCGCGAGCUGCGGCUGUGGGCGCGCGGCGAUGCCAGGGGGGCGAGCCCGGCGGAGCAGAAGCCGCUCCGGACGCGACGGAGCGCUGCCCUGCAGCCCCAGCCCAUCAAGGUGUACGGACAGGUCAGUCUGAAUGACUCCCACAAUCAGAUGGUGGUGCACUGGGCUGGAGAGAAAAGCAACGUCAUUGUGGCCUUGGCCCGGGACAGCUUGGCGCUGGCGAGGCCCAAGAGCAGUGAUGUAUACGUGUCUUACGACUAUGGAAAAUCAUUCAGUAAGAUUUCAGAGAAGCUGAACUUCGGCAUAGGAAAUACCAGUGAAGCUGUGAUUGCCCAGUUCUACCAUAGUCCUGCGGACAACAAGCGGUACAUCUUUGCAGAUGCUUAUGCCCAGUACCUCUGGAUCACAUUUGACUUUUGCAACACCAUUCAUGGCUUUUCCAUCCCGUUCCGGGCUGCUGACCUCCUCCUCCAUAGCAAAGCCUCCAACCUUCUUCUGGGCUUCGAUAGAUCACAUCCCAACAAGCAGCUGUGGAAGUCGGAUGAUUUUGGCCAGACCUGGAUCAUGAUUCAGGAGCACGUGAAGUCCUUUUCUUGGGGAAUUGAUCCCUAUGACAAACCGAACACCAUCUAUGUUGAACGGCAUGAACCCUCUGGCUACUCCACAGUUCUCAGAAGUACAGACUUCUUCCAGUCCCGGGAAAAUCAGGAAGUCAUCCUUGAAGAAGUUAGAGAUUUUCAGCUUCGGGACAAGUACAUGUUUGCUACAAAGGUGGUGCAUCUCCUGGAAAAUCACCAACAAUCUUCUGUCCAGCUGUGGGUCUCCUUCGGCCGGAAACCCAUGCGAGCAGCCCAGUUUGUUACAAGACAUCCUAUAAAUGAAUAUUACAUUGCAGAUGCCUCGGAGGACCAGGUCUUUGUGUGUGUCAGUCACAGUAACAAUCGCACGAAUUUAUACAUCUCAGAGGCAGAGGGGCUGAAGUUCUCUCUCUCCUUGGAGAAUGUGCUGUAUUACAGCCCAGGAGGGGCCGGCAGCGACACACUAGUGAGGUAUUUUGCAAACGAGCCAUUUGCUGACUUCCAUCGCGUGGAAGGGUUACAAGGAGUCUACAUUGCUACUCUAAUUAAUGGUUCUAUGAAUGAGGAGAACAUGAGAUCUGUCAUCACCUUUGACAAAGGGGGAACUUGGGAAUUUAUUCAAGCUCCAGCCUUCACAGAAUACGGAGAGAAAAUCAAUUGUGAGCUUUCCCAGGGCUGUUCCCUGCAUCUGGCCCAGCGUCUCAGUCAGCUGCUCAACCUCCAGCUCCGGAGAAUGCCCAUCCUGUCCAAGGAGUCAGCCCCUGGGCUCAUCAUUGCCACGGGCUCUGUGGGAAAAAAUCUGGCAAGCAAGACCAAUGUGUACAUCUCUAGCAGCGCGGGAGCCAGGUGGCGAGAGGCACUUCCUGGACCUCACUACUAUACAUGGGGAGACCAUGGCGGCAUCAUCAUGGCCAUUGCCCAGGGCAUGGAAACCAAUGAGCUGAAAUACAGCACCAAUGAAGGGGAGACCUGGAAGACGUUCAUCUUCUCCGAGAAGCCUGUGUUUGUGUAUGGGCUCCUCACGGAACCUGGGGAGAAGAGCACCGUCUUCACUAUUUUUGGAUCCAACAAAGAAAAUGUCCACAGCUGGCUCAUCCUGCAGGUCAAUGCCACUGAUGCCUUGGGGGUUCCCUGCACAGAGAAUGACUACAAGCUCUGGUCACCUUCCGAUGAGCGGGGCAAUGAGUGUUUACUUGGGCACAAGACUGUUUUCAAACGGAGGACUCCGCAUGCAACGUGCUUUAACGGAGAAGACUUUGACAGGCCGGUGGUCGUGUCCAAUUGCUCCUGCACCCGGGAGGACUAUGAAUGUGACUUCGGCUUCAAGAUGAGUGAAGAUUUGUCUUUAGAAGUUUGUGUUCCAGACCCGGAAUUUUCUGGCAGACCUCCUGUGCCUUGCCCUGUGGGUUCUACAUACAGGAGAACUAGAGGCUACCGGAAGAUUUCUGGGGACACUUGUAGUGGAGGAGACGUCGAAGCACGGCUGGAGGGAGAACUGGUCCCUUGCCCACUGGCAGAGGAGAACGAGUUCAUCCUGUACGCCAUGCGGAAGUCCAUCCACCGCUAUGACCUUGCGUCCGGAGUCACUGAGCAGUUGCCACUUAGUGGGUUGCGGGCAGCGGUGGCCCUGGACUUUGACUAUGAGCGCAACUGCUUGUAUUGGUCUGACCUGGCCUUGGACAUCAUCCAGCGUCUCUGUUUGAAUGGGAGUACUGGGCAAGAGGUGAUCAUCAGUUCCGGCCUGGAGACGGUAGAAGCUGUGGCCUUCGAGCCCCUCAGCCAGCUGCUGUACUGGGUGGAUGCUGGAUUUAAGAAGAUAGAGGUAGCCAAUCCAGAUGGUGACUUCCGACUCACAGUGGUCAAUUCCUCUGUGCUGGAUCGGCCCAGAGCCCUGGUCCUUGUGCCCCAAGAAGGGGUGAUGUUCUGGACUGACUGGGGAGACCUGAAUCCAGGAAUUUAUCGAAGCAAUAUGGAUGGUUCUUCUGCCCAUCGUCUUGUGUCAGAGGAUGUGAAGUGGCCCAAUGGCAUUGCGGUGGAUGACCAGUGGAUCUACUGGACAGAUGCCUACCUGGACUGCAUUGAGCGCAUCACCUUCAGCGGCCAGCAGCGCUCGGUCAUUCUGGAUAACCUCCCGCACCCCUAUGCCAUUGCUGUCUUUAAGAAUGAAAUCUACUGGGAUGACUGGUCACAGCUCAGCAUAUUCCGAGCUUCCAAAUUCAGCGGGUCCCAUAUGGAGAUUUUGGCCAGCCAGCUCACAGGGCUGAUGGACAUGAAGAUUUUCUACAAGGGGAAAAACACUGGAAGCAACGCCUGCGUGCCCAGUCCAUGCAGUCUUCUGUGCCUGCCCAAGGCCAACAACAGCAAAAGCUGCAGGUGUCCAGAGGGAGUGGCCAGCAGUGUCCUCCCUUCUGGGGACCUGCUGUGUGACUGCCCCCAGGGCUAUCAGCUGAAGAACAAUACCUGUGUCAAAGAAGAGAACACCUGUCUUCGCAACCAGUAUCGCUGCAGCAAUGGGAACUGUAUCAACAGCAUUUGGUGGUGUGAUUUCGACAACGACUGCGGGGACAUGAGCGACGAGAGGAACUGCCCUACCACCAUCUGUGAUCUGGACACCCAGUUCCGGUGCCAGGAGUCUGGGACUUGUAUCCCACUCUCCUAUAAAUGUGACCUCGAGGAUGACUGUGGAGACAACAGUGAUGAAAGUCACUGUGAAAUGCACCAGUGCCGGAGCGACGAGUACAACUGCAGCUCUGGCAUGUGCAUCCGCUCGUCCUGGGUGUGCGACGGGGACAAUGACUGCAGGGACUGGUCUGACGAAGCCAACUGUACCGCCAUCUAUCACACCUGUGAGGCCUCCAACUUCCAGUGCCGCAAUGGGCACUGCAUACCCCAGCGGUGGGCAUGUGACGGCGACACAGACUGUCAGGAUGGUUCUGAUGAGGAUCCUGUCAGCUGUGAGAAGAAGUGCAAUGGAUUCCGCUGCCCCAACGGCACCUGUAUCCCAUCCAGCAAACACUGCGAUGGCCUACGGGACUGCUCCGAUGGCUCGGAUGAACAGCACUGCGAGCCCCUCUGCACACGCUUCAUGGACUUCGUGUGUAAGAACCGCCAGCAGUGCCUGUUCCACUCCAUGGUGUGUGACGGGAUCAUCCAGUGCCGGGAUGGAUCAGACGAGGACCCUGCGUUUGCUGGAUGCUCCCAAGACCCCGAGUUCCACAGGGUGUGUGACGAAUUUGGUUUCCAGUGUCAGAAUGGAGUGUGCAUCAGUCUGAUUUGGAAAUGUGAUGGAAUGGACGACUGUGGCGAUUACUCUGAUGAAGCCAACUGUGAAAACCCCACAGAAGCUCCAAACUGUUCCCGCUACUUCCAGUUCCGGUGUGAAAAUGGCCACUGCAUCCCCAACAGGUGGAAAUGUGACAGGGAGAAUGACUGUGGAGACUGGUCUGACGAGAAGGAUUGUGGGGAUUCCCACAUUCUUCCCUCCCCCACACCUGGGCCCUCCACGUGUCUGCCCAAUUACUUCCGCUGCAGCAACGGGGCCUGUGUGAUGGACACCUGGGUGUGCGACGGCUACCGGGACUGCGCAGACGGCUCGGAUGAGGAAGCCUGCCCCUCGCUUGCGAAUGUCACUGCCCCCUCCACCCCCACCCAGGUUGGGCAGUGUGACCGAUUUGAGUUCCAGUGUCACCAACCCAAGAAGUGCAUCCCCAACUGGAAGCGCUGUGAUGGCCAUCAGGAUUGCCAAGAUGGCCAGGAUGAGGCCAACUGCCCCACACACAGCACCUUGACCUGCAUGAGCAGGGAGUUCAAGUGCGAGGACGGCGAGGCCUGCAUCGUUCUCUCGGAGCGCUGCGACGGCUUCCUGGACUGCUCGGAUGAGAGUGAUGAGAAGGCCUGCAGUGAUGAGUUAACGGUAUACAAAGUACAGAAUCUUCAGUGGACAGCUGACUUCUCUGGGGAUGUAACUUUGACCUGGAUGCGGCCAAAAAAAAUGCCCUCUACUUCUUGUGUGUAUAAUGUCUACUACAGAGUGGUUGGAGAGAGCAUAUGGAAGACUCUGGAGACACACAGCAACAAGACAAACACUGUAUUAAAAGUCUUGAAACCGGAUACCACAUAUCAGGUUAAGGUACAAGUUCAGUGUCUGAGCAAGGCACACAACACCAAUGACUUUGUCACCCUGAGGACUCCAGAAGGGUUGCCAGAUGCCCCUCGAAAUCUGCAGCUGUCCCUCCACAGGGAAGCAGAAGGCGUGAUUAUCGGACACUGGACCCCUCCCAUCCAUGCUCAUGGGCUCAUUCGUGAGUACAUUGUAGAGUACAGCAGGAGUGGCUCCAAGGUGUGGGCGUCUCAGAGAGCUGUUAGUAACGCUACAGAAAUAAAGAACUUACUGGUCAAUGCUCUGUACACGGUCAGGGUGGCUGCGGUGACUAGUCGUGGAAUAGGAAACUGGAGCGAUUCUAAAUCCAUUACCACCAUAAAAGGAAAAGUGAUUCCACCACCAGAUAUCCACAUUGACAGCUACGAUGAAAAUUCUCUAAGCUUCACCCUAACCAUGGACAGUGAUAUCAAGGUGAAUGGCUAUGUGGUGAACCUGUUCUGGGCGUUUGACGCCCACAAACAAGAGAAGAGGACCUUGAGCUUCCGAGGGAGCCCACUGUCACACAAAGUUGACAAUCUGACAGCUCAUACAUCCUAUGAGAUUUCUGCCUGGGCCAAGACUGAUUUGGGGGAUAGUCCUCUGGCAUUUGAGCAUGUUGUGACCCGUGGAGUUCGCCCACUAGCUCCUAGCCUCAAAGCCAAGGCUAUCAACCAGACUGCGGUGGAAUGCACUUGGACUGGCCCCAGGAAUGUGGUUUAUGGGAUUUUCUAUGCCACAUCCUUUCUUGACCUUUAUCGAAACCCAAAGAGUGUGACUACUUCACUCCACAACAAGACAGUCAUUGUCAGUAAAGAUGAGCAGUAUUUGUUUCUGGUCCGGGUGUUGGUUCCUUACCAAGGGCCGUCCUCGGACUACGUUGUUGUGAAGAUGAUCCCAGACAGCAGGCUUCCUCCCCGUCACCUGCACGCGGUUCACACAGGCAAGACCUCAGCUGUCAUCAAAUGGGAAUCUCCGUAUGACUCUCCUGACCAGGAUCUGUUUUAUGCAAUUGCAGUUAAAGAUCUGAUUAGAAAGACCGACAGAAGCUACAAAGUAAAAUCCCGCAACAGUACUGUGGAGUAUACCAUCAGCAAGUUGGAGCCGGGAGGGAAAUAUCAUGUCAUUGUCCAACUUGGGAACAUGAGCAAAGAUUCCAGCAUAAAAAUUACUACAGUCUCCUUAUCAGCACCUGAUGCCUUAAAAAUCAUAACGGAAAAUGACCAUGUUCUUCUGUUUUGGAAAAGUCUUGCUUUAAAGGAGAAGCAUUUUAAUGAGAGCAGGGGCUACGAGAUCCACAUGUUUGACAGUGCCAUGAAUAUCACUGCUUACCUUGGGAAUACUACUGACAAUUUCUUUAAAAUUUCCAACCUGAAGAUGGGCCAUAAUUACACAUUCACUGUCCAAGCACAAUGCCUUUUUGGCAGCCAGAUCUGCGGGGAGCCUGCUGUCCUGCUGUAUGAUGAGCUGGGAUCUGGUGGAGAUGCAGCAGCAGUGCAGGCUUCCAGGUCCACUGACGUUGCCGCGGUGGUGGUUCCCAUCUUGUUCCUGAUCCUGCUGAGCCUGGGGGUAGGGUUCGCCAUCCUGUACACUAAGCACCGGCGGCUGCAAAACAGCUUUACUGCUUUUGCCAACAGCCACUACAGCUCUAGGCUGGGCUCGGCCAUCUUCUCCUCAGGGGAUGACCUGGGUGAAGAUGAUGAAGAUGCGCCUAUGAUAACUGGAUUUUCAGAUGAUGUCCCCAUGGUGAUAGCCUGAAAGAGCUUUCCUCACUAGAAACCAAAUGGUGUAAAUAUUUUAUUUGAUAAAGAUAGUUGAUGGUUUAUUUUAAAAGAUGCACUUUGAGUUGCAAUAUGUUAUUUUUAUAUGGCCAAAGACAAAAAUAAAACAAAACAAAAAGAAACAAAAAAAAAAAAAAAGAGGAAAGAAAGGAAUAAAUAAACUUUGUAAUAAUCAACUGUGAACUUCAAACCGGGUUGAGUUUAGUAACCAAAUUGCUUUGAUUUGACGUUAAUGUAGUCUUACAGGGCUAUGCUUGCUGGGCAUGCUUUUAAGUCUGUGAGAUAAUUUUGGUUCAGUAAAUUGGCCAUUCUUUUUAUUUUUCUAAGACACAGAAAUGUAUUUAAUAAAAACUUCAAGAGAGAGUGAUGGGUAGAAUCCCUUCUCCUUGAAAGCGUGUUCAAAUUUUAAAUUUUGUUUGGAUUUAGUUUACAUGAAAUGUUUGGGGAAAGGUUCUUUUAUGAUCUUUUAUUAAUUUAUUGGGACUCUGUAUAAGGCCAGCCUUUUUGUUUUUUCUUUUUAAUUUAGGCCAACCUUUUGUGGUCAUCUGGCACCAUGUAUGUUAUGAUCCCCUGGCCCAUAGGGUUGGGGGAGAAGGAACAGAAGUAUUCUGUUGCCAUUCCAAAAGCAACCCAUUUUAUCCACUUGUGUGUCAUUUAACAGUCUUUGGCAGAAGAAAGCUCUGCGCUAUGGCUAGAUUUCAGUUAAACAGAGCUGCAUCUUUGGAAGCCCUGCAAGCCACAGCUUCCUCUUCUAUUCAUUGACUCGAUCUUACUGUAAACGCCUCUAUACAAGGUGUGGCUUUGAAAGCUACCAAAUGCUAACACUGCUUUCUGAUACACUGGGAUCGUUGUCAUUGUAAAAAGUUACUCUGAUUGUAGGAGCAUUUCAGAUCUGUGCCAUGAGAAAUACGCUGGCAAAUAUAGUAUGUAUGUUUUCCAUUUGAAAUUUUUUGUUUGUUUUCACUACCACCAAAUACUCUCAAAUGUAACGUUUUACAUUUGGGUCUAGGUGGCCACUGAACUGUACUUAAAAAUUCACAUCGUUAUAUGCAGGCAUUUUGAAUUGGGUCAGUGCCUUCUCUUUCUCUUUUGCUUCCCUUCCACCUCCCUCAGCCAUAUCCCCACCCAAUCUCAGAGCUAAUGCUGUCCACACUUCCGGAGAUAGAGGUCCAAGCAUUUGGCCACUUUUUUCAGUCCACAGUCCCAGCAACAUUGGACCUUCUGUAUUCACCAUAAAACCACCUGUGCUUUUUACCUCUGUAUUACAGUGCCAUCCCUGUAUUCAAAUUAUGGUGAUUUGAAAGUUGUAUGGAAUCCUUUGCAGACUGAUGCUUCUCCUUUGGACUUAGCAUUGUGGGUAUCCAUGUUGUCACUUGUGCUGUAUGAACAUCCUCAGUGCAGAAUUUCUUCCCAGCUGAGAUGCAGUGAACUCUGAGAAUUUUCCAGAAUUAUGCCUCCAAGUGUGUGUCCUUAUAAUAUAUGCAAGCUUUGUCCAUCCCCCACCCCAUAGUCUGUUAUCUUCCCACAAAUACUUUUUACAUUUUAACCAAAAAUAUCAUUCUUGGGUGGUACUGUAGUUUCAUUCUACCUAGGGAUUGUUUAGAAAACAAAGAACCAAUUAAAUGUUUUAGUUUUUAAAAUUUUUAUUUAUGCAUAUGUAUUUUAGAUGAGGAGUAUUUUGACCUACAGUGAUUUAGCACAUCACAUGAGUAGGGCUGGAGUUCAUGUGAACAAAUGACUUAUUUUCUGGCUUAUUUUCUCCUCUUUCCUCUUCCUUUUUAAAUUUUUCUUUCAUCAGACUGGAAUUCAUAUCACUUUUAUCUCAUCUUGGAGCUGUGUUCAAAACCCUAUGCUCUUUCACCUCUGCUUUAAUAACCUCUCUAUGUAGCUGCAAGAUUAGCAAUCUGGGGGGAGGCCAGUCGUCUAUCCGAACCACGAGAAAGUAUAUUUUCUUCUGUCGCCAGCUUUUUGGUGGCAUCUGUAAAAGCUGAUAGAAAGGCUCCAAGGUACCGUAUCUGGUGAUGCCCUGGGCAAGUCUUUUGACGCAGCACAAAUCUCCAGCUGGCAGUGGGAGAUAUUCAGAGCCUCCAGUUCUAGUUUCCAGUGCCUCACGGUGCUUGUGCACAGUACUGUACAGACCGGCCAUCACCCCUCCUCGGAAGAUGCCACUGUGCUGUUUGAAAACAAGCAGCCUUUUAGGGCUAGAGUAUUUUAUAUAAACAGAAGAGCCAAGGUCUUGCGACUAAGCUAGAUAGAUGCAGUUAUGUAUAAAUUGUAUAUUUUUAUGAACUUUUAAAGCACGCACUCCUGUUUCCUGCUACAUAGUUUUGUGAAGGUUUUGAUGUUCCUUAUGCCACCUGCAAGAGUCCAGAGGUUGAAGUGACAGUUGCAAGUGAAAUAAAACAAAUACUGUGUGAAAUCUUUGAAGGUAACUGUGACCACUGUGACCGCUUGGACCCCCUGGUUGCUUGCAGGGUAGGGGCUUUUGCACUGUGUAGGUGCCACCCUGAAACUUACCCUAUACAGACAAAAGUUUUAUUCUGUCCCAGCUCUAGCUGACAAAUUGACUACAUCUCUGUAGCCUACUACUGGGCCACUAAAAUUUGGUGGGCAGGGGGACUGUGCUUGUGUUUUCUCUGGAAGCUGAUUUUGUGCCUUUCGGUGUUGAACACCCUUGAACUUUGUGAGACACGGGUCCAGGCAGAUGAAAUGACACAGUAGAGUUCCUCCAGGGACCCAGAUGGGGCACAUCUGUUUCCAGACAGAUAAGCAGUUCCAGUAGCUACUGACAGCCUUACAAGCUGGGUAAACAGUUGUACCACUGGAUACCUAGUGGGAACUUAGGACUUUUGGAAGAAAGGCUCCUGGUAUUUCGUCUAGUGAAAGUUUCACAAGAGAUAUUUGUGGGACAGAUAGGGACCACUGCCUGCUCCCUGUUGCCCAUCAUGUAACCCCUAAAUGAAGCUGUGCUUACUACACAUUACACGAUAGGUACUUGGCAGGGAGCUAGGGAGACCAAGGGCAUGGUGAGCCCCUCGCAGAUAAGCACCUAACUCUUCCUUGGAGGAUCCCACCUUCAGACACCCACCUAGUGGUCACUAUAUCCUAAAGGUUGUAUCUCCAGUCCUCCCUUAAAGGCCCAAGACCCACCCCAAGGAGUUCAGUUGUCCUCCUUCCUACUAAGGGAGUCACGAUGAAUUCCUGAAAUUCUCUUGCUUUAGCAGAGUUGGAAGGCCUCUCGGUGAAGCGCUCCAAAGCCAAACCGAAUACUAUUCUCAUAGGGAUUGUAGAAGUUGACUUGAAAACUGUGCAGAAUCUUCACUUGUACUGGGAUUGUUUUUUGACAUUCCUGUUAGGUUAUUUUUCAUAAAUGGGAUGUGUGCUGCCUUUCAGGUACAAUUUUUGUGUAAUAAAAGCUAGUGCAUUAAGUUUAUAUAGACUACUUUCUAUGCAAGACUCAGAUAUGGAAUAGCCAGCAAGAGAUGCAUACUGUUGGGGACGUGGACAAGAAACACGUUUUCAGAAGGAGUACCACUGCUGAACAUGGCUUGAGGGAGGGUAGGUUGUACGUAUGUUUCUGCCCACUAAUUGAGCAGCCAUAUUAUGAAUUAAAUCAUCAGAGCCAAGUAAUAACCCAAGAAUGGUAUUAGUUUCAUGUGUAAUGGCGCAAAUGGAACAAGCAUGAAUGCAGAAAUGGCGCAUUAUCCUCAGAUAUUCCAUGUCACUUCUCAUCGGAAGACUCUUGUUCAGAAUUAUUAGAAACUUUAGGCAAAGUCAAAAGUAUUUACAGCAAAAUAAAGGCCUGUUCUGCUCUUAUUUAAAGUGAAACACUGUAAAUUUGUUUCUUUCCAGAGUGAAAUUAGGUAUUUAUAAUUUCAGUUGCCUUGGUAAGUUUCCAAGUCACUGAUUUCUGCUGAAGAUUUUACUAUAUUGUUGCACAAUUUUAAGAUAAUUUUUGUCUCAAUGUCAACUUUUUUCACUGAAUAAAAAUUUAACUGGGUCAAAAAAA